AUGUGUGCCGCACCAGCCAAAUUAUUGGUUUCAAUGAAGGGUCUUAACCCUUCUCGUUUGAGCCAAGUAACUUCCAUAUUAUCAAGAUAUUCUGCUACAGCUUCGUUACCUAAGAAGAGGGUUGGGUAUUCAAGAAGAUUUAUCACUAGCUCGAACGGAGUUGGGUCUACAGGCACCAGAUCUACCGUGAUCCAGUUAUUAAAUAACAUUGGAUCUAAAAGGGAGGUUGAACAAUAUUUGAAGUAUUUCACUUCUGUGUCUCAACAGCAAUUCGCUGUUAUCAAGGUUGGGGGUGCUAUAAUUAGUGACAAUCUUCAAGAGUUAGCUUCAUGCCUUGCGUUCUUGUACCACGUUGGAUUGUAUCCAAUUGUGUUACACGGUACAGGCCCACAAGUUAAUGGUAGACUUGAGGCUCAGGGUAUUGAACCAGACUACAUUGAUGGUAUUAGAAUCACUGAUGACCACACAAUGGCUGUUGUCAGAAAGUGUUUCUUGGAACAAAACUUGAAAUUGGUUACCGCAUUGGAACAGCUUGGUGUUCGUGCCAGACCAAUCACCUCCGGAGUAUUCACUGCGGAAUAUUUGGAUAAGGAAAAGUACAAAUUGGUCGGGAACAUUACUUCUGUUGCUAGAGACCCUAUUGAAGCCUCCAUCAAAGCUGGUGCUCUUCCAAUUCUAACUUCAUUAGCUGAAACUGAAUCAGGCCAAAUGUUGAAUGUUAAUGCGGAUGUUGCAGCUGGUGAAUUAGCAAGAGUUUUCGAGCCAUUGAAGAUUGUUUACUUGAACGAAAAGGGUGGUAUCAUAAAUGGUAGCACUGGAGAAAAGGUCUCUGUUAUCAAUUUGGACGAAGAAUACGAUGACCUCAUGAAACAAAGCUGGGUUAAGUUCGGUACCAAGUUAAAGAUCAAGGAAAUCAAAGAACUUUUGGACUUCCUUCCAAGAUCUUCCUCCGUUGCUAUCAUCAACGUUCAAGAUUUGCAAAAGGAGUUAUUCACUGAUUCCGGUGCCGGAACUUUGAUCAGAAGAGGUUAUAAACUAAUUCAAAGAUCCUCUUUGACCGAAUUCCCUUCACCAGAUGCUUUGAGAGAUAUCUUGCAAAGAGACCCUGAAAUUCAAGCUGGUAACCAAUCCGUGGCUUCUUAUUUGAAAGAACUAAGUGAAUCCACUUUCACUUCUUACGCUGAUGAACCUCUAGACGUACUUGCGGUUGUUAAGACAAACUCUUCCGUUCCAAAGCUUGACAAGUUCUUGUCUUCUAAGACAGGCUGGUUGAACAAUGUCACUGAUAAUGUGUUCAGUGCUUUGAACCGUGACUUCCCAGCUUUGCAAUGGAUUGUCAAUGAAGAUGAUGCCAAUAUUGCAUGGCAUUUCAACAAAUCGGAUGGUUCUUACCUAAAGAAUGGAAAGGUAUUAUUUUGGUAUGGUAUCGAUGAUUUGGAGACUGUCUCCAAAUUAAUCAGCGAGUUUACAAAAGACUUGGCAUCAACUGGACACGGUUCUACGUCCAAUGGCUCUACAAGUGGGGUAUUUGCCAAUGGUCAAUCAUCAAGAGCUUACUCUACCAAGGCAAGAUCUGCUCCUAAGGUAGAAGGCACUAACCAGGCUCCACGCAAAGUUGCAUUGAUUGGUGCAAGAGGUUAUACUGGUCAAAAUUUGAUUUCCUUGAUAAACUCCCAUCCCUACCUGGAACUAUCUCACGUUUCUUCUCGUCAAAAUGCUGGUAAGAAGUUAGAAGGCUAUACCAAAUCUGAAAUCAUCUAUUCAAAUUUACAAAUCGAAGACAUCAAGAAAUUGGAAACUGAAAAUGCUGUUGACGUGUGGGUUAUGGCUUUGCCAAACAAAGUUUGCGAGCCCUUCGUUGAAGCAAUUGAAUCUGUAGCUGAAGGUAAAUCGAAAAUUGUCGACCUUUCUGCGGAUCACAGAUUCGUGCCUGAAACCGAAUGGGCAUAUGGAUUACCAGAGCUCAACAACAGGGAUGCAAUUGCUAACGCUAAGAAGAUCGUUAACCCCGGCUGUUACGCUACUGGUGCCCAAGUUGCAAUUGCCCCAUUAGUCGAAUUUAUCACAGGUUUACCAACGGUGUUCGGUGUCUCUGGCUAUUCCGGUGCUGGUACUACACCAUCUCCUAAAAAUGAUCCAAAGUUCUUAAACAACAACUUAAUUCCUUACUCUUUGACAAACCACAUCCACGAACGUGAAAUCUCUACUCGUUUAGGACUAGAGGUUGCAUUCAUCCCACACGUUGCCCAGUGGUUCCAAGGUAUUUCUCACACUAUUUCUAUUCCAAUCAAGAAGAACUCUCUAACAUCCGAACAGAUUAAGACUUUGUACCAAGAAUUUUAUGCCAAUGAGAAGUUGGUUCAUGUUGCUGACGAUAUCCCACUAGUUAAAGAUGUUUCAGGCACACACGGCGUAGUCGUUGGUGGUUUCAAAGUGAACGAUGCCGGUGACCGUGUUGUCGUUUGCGCCACAAUAGAUAACUUGUUGAAGGGUGCUGCCACCCAAUGUCUACAAAAUAUCAACUUGGCCCUAGGAUACGGCGAGUACAGUGGUAUUCCAGAUAACAAGAUCAUCCAAUAG